AUGCUUCUUCACAUUGCCCUCAAGCAAGCCCAAGACAUGAAUCAUUUUGAUGGGAUCACUUACGUUUUCACCGUUUUAGCCAAUCUGGCCUUUGAACGGGGUGACUACAUGAAAGCUGAAAAGACGUACAAAGACGUCAUGAAACGUGUCAUGAGCAAAGGCAUCCCUGCCGAAGACAACAGUAUGAUUGAGAUGUCUUUGAAACUCGCCAAAGUGUAUGCCUCUUGGCAGCAGCAUGACAAGGCUGUCCUUGGAUUUCAAUUUUGCAUCAACACGCAAGAAAAGAAGGUCAAGAACGGUGACCUGGACGAGAACACCCUAGCUUUGUGGGGGAUGAGUCGGGAUUGGUUUGCUCAAUAUCUGUUGGACAACGGCGACUAUUCUGGCGCUUUCACGGAGUUCCAAAACGCCUUUCUUACCUCAUGUGAACUCUUUGGAGACUCGCAUCCUCAGUCCUUGGUUCUCAUCAACUCGUUGGGUACUGUGGCGUCCAUGAUGGAUGAUCAAGCCCGGGCUGUGUCAUACUUCCAAAAGGCUGUGAAACUUGCUUCCUCAGAGGACGACGAAAACCUUAGUACAUAUCUAGUCAAUUUAGGCAUGGCCAGGAUUAAACAAAGUAUGCAAAAAGAGGCUCGAAUUGCUUGUACAAGAGCUAAAGUUAUUGCUGGUCAGCAGAAAAAUCCGGAGGUGGCUGACGAGGCUCAAGAAUGCUUAGAUCUAAUCAAUAAAUUAGGAUCAUAG